AUGGUCGACUACCCGGAUUUCGAUUCGCUGCCUCCUGUUGAGGGCCAGCCGCAGGGAAAUGCCUGGGGAUUCUGGGGCAAGGGCGAUGAGUUGGGAACGUUAAAUCUUUUGACCCCAGAGGUCAUCCGAAACGCAUCUCGAGAGGUGAAGAUCGGGAAGUCCGUUCAGCUUGAUUUGCGAUUGGAUCACUUCGACCAUGGGAUUGCAGGCCGAGAGAGGUUUGAGCAGACCAUUGUGGACUUUAGAGAGAGGAACAAGGGCGGCGAAUACGACAUUGUGGCGCAUGACGACGUGAUUAGAUUCAACACGCAGAGCAGCUCCCAAUGGGACGGUCUUCGCCAUGUGGGACUGCAGAGUUCUGGCGUCUACUACAACGGGAUGAAACAUCGGGAGAUCGAUGAAUCUGGCUCCGGUAAACUGGGCAUUCAAAGUGAGUAUCCAUCCCAUUCCCAUGUGUUUUUCCAGAUUGAACCAACCGGUCACAUUGCAGACUGGGUGGAACAUGGAGGCAUCGUGGGCAGAGGGAUCCUUCUCGACUAUGACAGAUGGCGAAAAGAAACGGGCAAAGAACCCGCAAAGAUUGACUCUCCGUAUCCGAUGACGGUGGACGAGCUCGACGAAGUGGCCAGAUACCAAAACCUCGAGCUGAAAACGGGCGACAUUUUGAUCAUCCGCUCUGGCUUCACAGCGUGGCAUGAUUCCACCCCUUCUGCUGAGCGGGCAAAGUCCUUGGACAGGGGCGCCUUCAUUGGCGUCGAGGCGUCGAUGAAGUCUGCCAAAUGGCUGUGGAACCACCAUUUUGCUGCUGUUGCCGGAGACUCGCUCGGAUUCGAGGUGUGCCCGGCGCCCUUUGGAAGCAAGGACAAGGUCUGCCUUCACGAGUGGUUGUUGUCUCACUGGGGUUGUCCGAUCGGCGAGCUGUGGAAUCUGGAGAAGUUGGCCAAGGUGUGCGCCGAGGCCAAACAAUGGUCCUUUUUCUUCACGAGCGCUCCUCUCCAUGUGUUUGGCGGUGUUGGGACCACUCCCAACGCGAUAGCUAUCUUGUAG